CCCCGUGGCCCUGCGGGGAGUCUGGGGGUCGACAGGCCGCUCGGACUUGGCGCGGGGUUAGCCACGCCUCUCCCUACCUCGGUGCGGCCUAGACGGUCGGGGCCGCGGGGAAAUGGAGACCUCUCCCGCCACGGGGGGCUCUGAGACCACUCGCCUGGUGAGCCCCCGAGACCGCGGCGGCGCUGGUGGCGGCCUGCGUUUGAAGAGUCUCUUCACAGAGCCCUCCGAGCCCCUUCCCGAGGAGCCCAAACCCAUGGAGACGUCCUUCCACCACUGCCACAGGGACCCUCUGCCACAGCCAGGUCUCACCCCUGAGAGGCUGCAGGCACAGAGGCAGCUGUGUGCCGCCUGUGCUGUGUGCUGCGUCUUCAUGGCCGGGGAAGUAGUCGGUGGGUAUUUGGCGCACAGCCUGGCCAUUAUGACUGAUGCGGCCCACCUGUUGGCAGAUGUGGGUAGCAUGAUGGGCAGCCUCUUCUCCCUCUGGCUCUCUACCCGUCCAGCCACCCGCACCAUGACCUUUGGCUGGCACCGCUCAGAGACUCUGGGGGCUUUGGCCUCUGUGGUCUCCCUCUGGAUGGUCACUGGCAUCCUCCUGUACCUGGCCUUCAUCCGCCUGCUGCACAGCGACUACCACAUCGAGGGGGGUGCCAUGCUGCUGACCGCCAGCAUCGCAGUCUGUGCCAAUCUGCUAAUGGCCUUUGUGCUGCACCAGGCUGGGCCCCACCACAGCCACGGGUCCAGGGGGGCAGAGUAUGCACCGCUGGAGGAGGGGCCUGGGGAACCCCUGCCCCUGGGGAACACCAGCGUCCGGGCGGCCUUUGUGCACGUGCUGGGGGACCUUCUGCAGAGCCUUGGGGUGCUGGCUGCCUCCAUCCUCAUCUACUUCAAGCCUCAGUACAAGGCAGCUGACCCCAUCAGCACCUUUCUCUUCUCCAUCUGUGCCCUCGGAUCCACCGCUCCCACCCUCCGAGAUGUUCUCCGCGUCCUCAUGGAAGGUACCCCCCGAAAUGUGGGGUUUGAACCUGUGCGAGAUACCCUGUUGUCAGUGCCAGGAGUUCGGGCAACCCACGAGCUGCACCUGUGGUCCCUUACGCUUACUUACCAUGUUGCCUCCGCACACCUGGCCAUUGACUCCACGGCUGACUCUGAAGCCGUCCUGGCUGAAGCCACAUCCCGGCUCCACUCCCGGUUUGGAUUCUCCAACUCUACCCUGCAGGUCGAGCAGUACCAGCCUGAGAUGGCUCAGUGCCUGCGCUGCAGGGAGCCCCCCCAAGCCUGAGCCACGGC